AUGCCAACAAACGGGGCAGCUGACAAUAAUUCCAACAAUAAUGACACUGCUAAUAAUGCAGACAUACUUGCCGUAAGAGAUAAAAUCACCCUUAAUGUAGGAGGUAUUAAGUAUGAAACAUACAGGUCAACAUUAACUUCCUAUCCAACGACUUAUCUUGGAUCAAUAUUUCAUUACAAUGAUGAAGAAAAUCCAUUAACUGACCCGAAUCGUGAGAAUGAAUUCUUUAUCGAUCGAGACGGUCAUUUAUUUCAUUAUAUAAUGCAAUUUUAUCGAACAGGAAAAGUUCCAACGACAGAACAAGCAAUCGGAUUGGUUCCAAUUACAACUCAAGAGUUAGAAGAUGAAUUGGAAUAUUUUAAAAUUCCCACAUAUCCACCUUCAUCAUUUUCAGCCACAACCUUAUCCCCCUCACAACUUUCGCUUCGUCACAAGAUGAUUGCAGCAGAAAUAGAUUCAUUUACUUCGACGUUAAAUGAUACAUUAUUAGCCAUCUCAUCGCAAUUUAAAAAAGAGUUCUUCUUUAAACGACAAUUCCAAAUUCAUUUUGAGAUAACGUUUCAUCAUAAUGAACGUAUAUCGGAUUUUAAUAUCUACCCAACCGUAAAUAGUGCCAUUAAACUUCGAUUACAAAAAAGUUUUGAUGGAUUUGCCUUGUUAGGUUACGCCAUGUUGGACAGGUUUGGGGAAGAAAUUGGUAGAUACAUGACCACAACCGUCCAAGGUUGUACUUGGGAAUGUAAAAAAGUUGAAGAAUUUGGUUGGGGUGGGUUACAACAAAUGUACAAGGUUAAGGUUGGUGUGGAAAAUAGUUUUGAGCAUGAUGAUGUGGUCAACCAUUGUUGUCUUGCUUCUGUUGUUUCGGAUUCAAUGGGUGCUAGCAGUGAUUCGUUGAGUUGA